GGCCCUGGUAGCUGUGGCCAUUGCAUGGGGAUACUGUCAGUACGGGCUGAGGGAUAUCCCUGAGGACCGCUGGCUGUCUUCCACCAAGGUCUGUGCUCACGUUAAGUAUCCUGCUCAGAUGUCGUGCUCAGAGAACCUGGAUACCCUGGUAGGUGAGGACCUGCUUGACUUCCUCUUGAAGGAUGAUGCUCCCUGCCCUGAAAUCCCAGUGCAGGAGAACAGUCUGCUGGAAGACUGGGACCUGCCUGAGCCUGAGUUCUUGGACAAGGAGAUGGAUGACUUAAUCAGCUCCCUGUUGAGCCCCUUUGAAGAAGAAGCAGGCACUCUGCAAGGUUAUUCACCCACUGACAGUGACAGUAGCGUUUCUGAGGAUCGGAAUCUGUCGCAAAGCCCUGUCAGUGACUUUUCCAGCAGCCCUCAGAGCUCAGACAUUGUGCAGGUUGAUCACAACUACUCGCUCCAUCAGGAUUGGCCUGUGCUUGAAAGCGUGAGGUCUGAAAUGGCAGAAGAUGUUUCCAUUGACCUUGGGAUAUGGAUGGGUUUGGAAAGCACAAGCGAAGCGCUGGAACAGAGCUUCAGUUUCCCCAUUGCCGUUGCUGUGGAUGACGGACCCCAGCUUGUGCCUGUACAAGGAGACGCCGUACAGUCUGACUUCCCAGAGCUGGUUCUUACAGAGGAAGAGAGGCAGCUCCUGGAGAAAGAAGGUGUUUCAUUACCUGCCUGCCUGCCACUAACCAAAGCUGAAGAGCGGCUUCUGAAAAAAGUACGUCGGAAGAUCCGGAACAAGCAGUCAGCCCAGGAUAGUCGCCGCAGGAAGAAGAUGUAUGUGGAUGGCCUGGAAAACAGGGUGGCAGUCUGCACAGCUCAGAACCACGAGCUGCAGAAGAAGGUGCAACUGCUGCAGAAGCAGAACAUGUCGCUGCUUGAGCAGCUGAGGAAACUUCAGGCCUUGGUGAAACAGUCCACCACCAAAACCACCACUGCAAGCACCUGCAUCAUGGUCCUGGUCCUGUCUUUCUGCUUUGUUCUCUCACCCAGCCUGUACUCAUUUGGGAGCAGAGAUCCUCAGCCAGAGCUCAGAGUGCUGUCUCGGCAGAUUUGUGAAUUCCCAAGCCGGGUUAAGCGGGCAACACCUGAUGUGCAGGAGGAAGCUGUGCUGGAGGGGCUCAGCCCAGAGCCUGAGGACCCCUCACUGUUGGACAGCCUCAGUCAAUCAUGGCAAGAGGGAGAGAGUCCACUGAACCCCGAUCCUAAAUCUGCUUUCAACAGCAACUCAUCUGCUGACUCUCCAGCAGCAGCAGGCUCUGAGCUGGGCCCUCCCCAGCCUGAGGAGCAGCGUUCCCAGAAUGACCCCUUGCACACAGCACUGCCAGCAGCGUGGGAAGCCAAAAAGCAGGAGUGGGUGGAACGCACUGCCAGCGUUGUCAUCCAGCAGCACCGUGCCGAUGAGAUGUGA